GCACCGGUUUUAGAUGGUUCACACAAAAUUGAUCACGGAUAGCACUGAUCUUUAACUAUACAAAUCCUGUCUCAUUCAAAAGCAAAAGGGAACACUCAACAGCAAGAUGCAGUGUUACAAAACCGAAGGAAAACUUCAGAAUGUCAUAGUUAUUUGGAACAAGUUUAAACUGUUCACCAUUAUUAUGUUGUAUAUUGAAUCUCUGAAUUGGACCACUGUCAGUUGCUGGACUUACCAUUAUUCAACAGGUAGUCUGAACUAUGAGCAGGCACGAAUAUUCUGCCAGACACAUUAUACUGACCUCGUAGCCAUACAAAACAAGAGAGAGAUUAAGCACCUUGAAGAAACAAUCCCCUAUCACAACACCUAUUACUGGAUAGGCAUACGAAAAAUAAAUGAUAAAUGGACUUGGGUUGGAACUAAUAAGACACUGACAGGAGAAGCUGAAAAUUGGGGAAAAGGAGAACCAAACAAUAAAGGCAGCAGGGAGGAUUGUGUAGAGAUAUAUAUUGGACGGAAGGUGGAUGCUGGGAAAUGGAAUGAUGAUGCGUGCAAAAAACUGAAACGAGCUCUGUGCUAUACAGCAUCAUGUAACAAAACGUUGUGUGGACUGCACGGAGAAUGCAUUGAGACAAUUAACAACUAUACAUGCAACUGUGAUGAAGGAUUCUAUGGAGAUCAUUGUCAGUAUGUUGUUCAAUGUCCAAGACUAGUGGCAUCACCUCAAGGUUAUAUCAACUGUUCACAUCCAUGGGGGAACUUUAGUUUCCAAUCUUCCUGCUUGUUUGGGUGCUCUGAAGGAUUUCAACUCAGCAAAUCUGUUGAGGCUGAAUGUUUAUCUUCUGGGAACUGGAGCAACACAUCUCCAAGUUGCAUAGUAUCAUGUAACAACAAAUUGUGCGGACAGCAUGGAGAAUGUAUUGAAACAAUGAACAACUAUACAUGCAACUGUGAGGAAGGAUUCUAUGGAAAUCAUUGCCAGUAUGUUGUUCAAUGUCCAAGACUAGUGGCAUCACCUCAAAGUUAUAUCAACUGUUCACAUCCAUGGGGGAAUUUUAGUUUCCAAUCUUCCUGCUUGUUUGGGUGCGCUGAGGGAUUUAAACUAAGCAAAUCUGUUGAGGCUGAAUGUUUAUCUUCUGGGAACUGGAGCAACACAUCUCCAAGUUGCAUAGUAUCAUGUAACAACAAAUUAUGUGGACAGCAUGGAGAAUGUAUUGAGACAAUGAACAACUAUGCAUGCAACUGUGAUGAAGGAUUCUAUGGAGAUCAUUGUCAGUAUGUUGUUCAAUGUCCAAGACUAGUGGCAUCACCUCAAGGACAUAUUAACUGUUCGCAUCCAUGGGGGAACUUUAAUUUCAAAUCUUCCUGCUUGUUUGGGUGCUUUGAGGGAUUUCAACUAAGCAAAUCUAUUGAGGUUGAAUGUUUAUCUUCUGGGAACUGGAGCAGCACAUCUCCAAGCUGUAUAGCAACAUGUAACAAAAAAUUGUGUGGACAGCACGGAGAAUGUGUUAAGACAAUUAACAACUAUACAUGCAACUGUGACAAAGGGUUCUAUGGAUAUCAUUGUCAGUUUGAUCAGGCCGCAGUUCAACAUCCACAGAAGAACCAUCUUAAAACAACAGUUUUAGUUGGUGGCAUAACCGCUGGAGCUGUAACAGCCCUCACAUUGAUUAUCCUGCUUAUCAGCCGACAACUAAAGAAAGCUAAAAGGGGCACAAGGAACACUUCAUAUUAAAUUGAGCUACAAAGAUUAGAAGCUAUGGCACAAAGAUACAAGUUGCCGUACAAGGAUGGACUCCAUCGACUUACUUUGAUAUAAAAACUUCCAUAUGUCACUUUUCCUGUAUAACUGUUUUCUUGGUGAGAGUACUGAACUGAGGUUGAAUAUGUAUUUAUUCCUUUUUGCAUACAUUAAUUAUUAUUUUGAAUGCAAAUUAAUUGACAUUAAAGUAAGGUUUAAAAAAUUAUAUUUUUUUAAUUUUAGAAAAUGUAUUAUUAUUAUUUACACCCCUUGUUCUUUGCGCAAACGGGGAGUAGCAGUCCUCUUUAAACGAGGAUUAGAAUAUCAAAUUACAUUUCAAGAGUUAGACCCGAGGGAACAUUUUAUAAUUUUAAAAAUAAAUUUUGGAAAAUGUCUAAUCACUUUAUGUAAUGAAUAUGGACCGAAUAAUAUUGAUGAGAAUUUUUGGGGACAAUUGAAGAAAAAAAUUUGUUUGAAUACGCUAACUCAAACUUAAUUGUCGUAGGUGACUUCAAUAUGGUGUUCAAUAACAUUGCUAGAUUGCAAACAACAAAUAAUCAUGGGGUUAGAAUCUGUAAAAAAACUGUUAGACUUCUUAAAACUUUUUGUAGUACACUUAAGAUAUACCUUACAAAAUAAUUCUUACUGCCAUAAAAAAGAGAUAUUUUGGGAAACGGCCAAAGCUGUUAUUAGAGGGGUAAUAAGAAAAUAUACUAUUAGACUGAGGAAAAAAUAUUAUGCCAAGGAAGUUUAACUGUCAAACUAUCUCAAAAAUAAAUAUAAUGCAUACCUAACCUUGCAUAAUCAGACAAACUGGAAUUGCUAUAUUAAUGCUAAGCAGGAAUGGGAAAUCAUUAACAUGCAGAAAAUGUCAAUUCAGGAGCUUAGAUCCAGAGCUAAAUUCUAUAGGUACGGUAUAGGGAAACUUCUAGCUUAAUGUGUUAAAACUCAGGAGCCCUAUAAAUAUAUAAAGGCAAUCAAUAAAGAAGGAAUUAGGUUAACUAAUAUUGAAUUAAUUAACUUGGAAUUCUUUAAAUAUUUCAAACAUCUGUAUUCUGCCCCAGAAAUAAAUUAUCAAAAUAAAAGUAAGUUUUGGCAGAAAAUUUUGCUGCCUAAAUUGUCCAUGGAAGCGAUAGAUAUUCUAAACGCACCCAGUACAGAGCGAGAAAUCCAUCAGGCAAUAGAUAGACUUAAAUUAGACAAAGCACCGGGCCCAGAUCUUCUGCCUGGUGAGCUAUAUAAAAUUCUGAAAAUCGAAGUAACUCCUACCCUGCUGAACUUUUUAACGACUAUUUUUGUAAUGGUAAGAUCCUAUCUUCUAACUUUUCUGCUUCUAAAAUUAUGUUAAUACCCAAAAAGGGCAAAUAUUUGGAGCUAAUGGACUCAUACCGUCCAAUUUCCUUGUUAAACUCGGAUUAUGAAUUAAUGACAGCUAUUUUAGCGCAUAGAAUUAAAUCAACUCUUGGCUCUCUGAUACAUAUGGACCAGGUUGGCUUCAUGACACACAGAAGUCCCUCUGCUAAUAUUCGUAAAAAAUUUCUUUUAUUGGAUUUCUUUGCAACUCCUAAUACUAAAUCUAUCCAUGAUCUUGCUAUACUCUCUGUCGAUGCUCACAAAGCGUUUGAUUCAAUUACGUGGGACCAUUAAUUCUUUACUAUGAGGCAAUUUGGGUUCAAAGAUCAAUUUCUAAAUUUUAUUAGGUCUAUAUACGCAAAUGCUUCUUCAACUUUAUUCAUAAAUUGCUCACUUACAUACUAUUUCCCUAUGGCUAAGGGAAUGCGUCAAGGCUGCCCAAUCUCUCCACUUCUUUUCAACCUAGCCAUUGAACCUUUGGCCAUAAUUCUUAGGAAAGUAUUAAAGGGGAUCUCCCUUGGAAAUAAGCGUCUUAAGCUACUAUUAUAUGCAGAUGAUUUGCUGUUAUUCCUCAACAAUACACAAAUAGAGAUACCUAUGAUUUUAGAGUUAGUUUCAGAAUUUGGAUCUUUCUCUGGGUAUAAAAUUAAUGUCUCUAAAUCGGAAAUAAAAAUUUGGAUUAAGAGACCAAUACAGGAUGGUUAUUCUUUCCCCUUUAAAAUUUCUGAAGAAUAUAUUACAUAUCUUGGAAUAAAAAUUGGUACAAAUCCUCUGAGUUGGUACAAGUUAAACUAUUCCCCUCUGUUUGCGAAAAUUAAACUAGAUCUGAUGAAUUGGGUAAUUUACCUCUCUCAAUUACUGCAAAAGUCAAUUUAAUUAAGAUGAUUGUAUUACCCAAGCUCUUGUAUUUAAUGCAAAAUAUUCCCACGCUUAUAACCAAAAAAGAUGCUAAGCUUUUUGAUAACUGUAUUAGGUUAUUUAAUUGGGGGCCCGGUAAAAGCCGUAUAGCUCUGGGAAAAAUAGCCUAACUAAGGCAAUUUGGGGAACUGGCACUCCCCAUAAUAUCCAUUUAUAAUAAUAUUUGUUUAGCUAAAGUAGCUAUGGACUGGCUCACUGGAGGGGACUAUGUUGCAUAUUUGGAAGCGGAACAAAAAUUGGUUUACUCUUUUUCUUUAAGUGCUUUACUACACUGCCCCAUUAAGCUUAUUCCUAAUAAAAAUAAGAAAAGACAUACCAUAUAUUAUAUUAUUAAAGGGCCACUAAACCCAAAAUCUUUCAUAAUUCAGAUAGAGAAUAGAAAUUUAAACAACAUUACAAUUUACUUCCAUUAUUUAUUUUGCUUCAUUUUUAAAAUAUCCUUAGUUGAAGAAAAAGCAAUGCACAUGGUGAGCCAAUCACAUGAGGCUUCUAUGUGCAGCAACCAAUCAGCAGCUAGUGAGCAUAUCUAGAUAUGCUUUUUAUCAAAGAAUAUCAAGAGAAUAAAACAAAUGAGAUAAUAUAAGUAAAUUAGAAAGAUGUUAAAAAUUGCAUUCUCAAUCAUAAAAGAAAAAAUGUGGGUGGAAUGUCCCUUUAAAGUAUGGCAGACUAUUAGAACCACUCUAAAUUGUAAUCCCUAUAUUUCGGAUCUAGUACAUAUUGUGGGGAAUCCGUGAUUUAUUGGUGGUCUUAAUAAUAAGCUAUUUAAUAGCUGGGCUAAUUAUGGGUUGAUAUAUGUAUGGCAAUUUAAUGAAAGUGAUACACACAGAUUAUAUACCUUUGAGACUCUUAAAGACCGCUACAGUCUUAGGAACACAGAUUUCUAUGCAUAUCUUCAAGUACGGCACUGUUUUUUUGAAAUAACCAAAGACGUUAAUAUGGUUUGGUCACAUCCAAUAAAAAUGGACCUAUCUUUUUAAAAUGGGCAAGCACUCUAUUAGCUAUUGGUAUAAAAUGAUAUUAACCAAUAGUGAGCUCAAUGCUCUUGAUAUCUGCAUGUUUUCCCGGCAAUAGACGUAGACAUGGUGAAGCGCAGUAUUGUGAGUGUGAGAACGCUACACUAUCUGCAAUAUGGCGAGAAUCUCACUUUGGUCCAUAUGUUUUGGAGCUGUCCGAAAAUACAACAAUUUUGGCAACAUAUUACAAUUUUGGUUGAGGAAAGUGACAAGAACUAAUAUUACUUUAGAGAUAAAGCAUAUCUUUUUUUCUGCUAGAUAAAAGGGAUGAGUUAGAUAAUAUUGAUUUUAUUAAUACACCUAUCUUGGGAGGGAGAUACCUUAUCCUUAGGAAUUAGAAGAAUUAAACGGAACCUAAUGUUAAUAACUUAACAUUUCUGUUGCAAACACAAUUUAUAAUUGAACAAUUUGACAGUUCCAAUAACACAGAAACACAGCAGGAUAGGUUUGGUAUAAAAUGGUUGGACUUUCUUAAGCUAUAUCGGAGCAAUCCUCAGAGACAACUUAUGACCCCCUUUCAAAAUUUAGGGAUGAAUGGAUAAGGAGUGUAGGGCCCCAGAUGGUACCUAAAAUUCCCUCACUUUUUUUUCCCCCUUUUCUACCCCCCCCCACUCCUUUUCUUCACUUACCAGGAUUCAACUUAACUCUACUUUAUAGUAGAAGGUGGAGCCACUACGUAUUUUUUUGUAUAAAGAUGUUGUUAUUUUGCUUUUUUUUGUUUUUUUUCUGUUCUUUUCUAUAAAAACGUUUCAACAUUUCUUAGUCCUUACUUAUCCUCUUACACAUAGAACAAAAUAUUUUGUGUAGGUAUAAGACUAAUGAUUUAUGUCAAGUGGUACAGGUGUAUGUAAAUGAUAUUACCUAUAUGUCUGUUUUAGGGGAAAAAGCUAAGAGUAUAUAAUUUAGUUUUUUUGUCAGGGCAUAUAUGAAAGUCCCCUGUUUUUUUGUUUUUUUUUCUGUUUUAUGGUACCUGUACUUUUAUGUAUCAUUGAUGACCCUCAUACAGCUAAAUCUUAUAUGUUUAUUCAAAUUUAUGCACAGGAAUAUGAUAAUUUCAAUAUAUACUUUCUUGUUCUAAUGAAAAGAAGAUAUUAUAGGAAUAUGCACUAUUGUACCUUAUUUUUGUAUUUAUG